GGUUACCAAACAAAGCCUGCCUGGCAGGCCCCCCAAACCCCAUAGAAAUGGAGUGUGAUUUUUAAUGGGGCACUCGCCGGCCAACGCGAAUCGGCGGUGUUCGGACAUGGAGGACGGCCAGCUAUCGUCGUUCAUAAAAUCCGGCAUCUAUCGGUUUCGUGGCGCCAAUGCCUUCUUCAUCGAUCCGGUUCGUGUCUUAAACAGGUCUUAUACGAGGCAUAAGGUUUCACCGUCUGCUUAUUACUCUCGUUUCUUCGACUUCUCUGAGAAGCUCGAGGCUCCCGCAGAAUCGAGAAAGCGGAAGCGCAAAGAGAAGAAGCCAAUCUCCCUCAACGCACGGGAGAAAGUCGCCGAUCAAAGGCACCAGGAGGUCAGAUCGUUUUUGUUGAAAGCGCAUGAAGCUUUGCUGGGAGCCACUGAGCUCUUGAAAUUGGUGAGAAAUUUGAGGCCUGGUGAAUUCUCUGAUGAGGAACGUAGAGAAUUGACUCAGCAGAGCUGCGAGCUUUCAUUUGCAGAUAUUGGAUGUGUUUGGCAAGCUCCGCUUUAUGAAGUUGUUCUAAAUUAUCAGGAAGGCGAUGCCUUUAUUGAAAAUACAGGAUCUCCAUGUGGUCAACAUCUCAAGCAAGAUGUGAUCCCAAUCUUUGAUAAUCUCAUUGUGAAUAAAGGAAGUGGUGAUGUAGAGGCUGAAUUUUUGAACCAGAAUUAUAUUAUUCCCAAAGAGAGUUGUUUCUACAUGGUAAACGAUCAUUGGUUGUUAAGAUAAUAAGAUAUUAAACAUUUGCUGGCAAAGAAUGUUACCUAACGGCUAACGCAACUCCAUUUCCCGAAGUUGCUAGUAUGUAUCCUUCCCACCCUAACAAAAUCCUAUGUAAUCCUGAAUUAGCUCUUGGAGUAUCACCGUGGCCUUUUUAAUAUAGUUUUGUCGGAUUUGAAUUUUGUGAUUUUAAUCAUUUACUCUAUUUCCCCUGUUGGAUUGGCAGUCUGACGUGCAGAAAAUUCACAACUUGGUCCCUGCUGAUUCAGAGUCUGGAUUUAAUAUUAUAGUCAUUGACCCACCUUGGGAAAACAGCAGUGCCCAUCAGAAACGAAGAUAUAAAACAUUGCCCAACCGGACUUUCUUAUCUCUUCCCAUCAGGAAACUUACUCAUUCUGCAGGGGCCUUGGUAGCCUUAUGGGUCACCAACAGGGAGAAAUUGCGGAGUUUUGUUGAGAAAGAAUUAUUUCCAGCCUGGGGUGUAACAUAUAUGGCCAGCUUUCAUUGGUUGAAGGUGAAGGCAAAUGGGUUUUUGAUAGGCGAAUUGGAUCUCUUUCAUCACAGACCAUAUGAAUGCCUUCUUCUGGGUUUCUCUGGUGAGAAGGAGAUUAUUCAAGGAAGCCCCCAAUCGGAGGUACGAAUCGUCAGCAAUUACAGGGAUGUUAAUGAAAACUGAGGGAUAUCCUAGAGUUGCUGGUGGAGUAUCUGUCAGGAACAAAGCAUGUCCGUUGCAUCGAAUUGUUCUCUAGAGAACUAUUAGCUGGAUGGACUUCUUGGGGGAAUGAACCCCUUCUUUUUCAAGCUUCCAAAUAUUUCUUAUCAAUGGAGAAAUGAGAGAGAUCCACAUUAUGUCUCUCACGAAAUUUGCCCUUCGAUAGGGUUAUAGGGAUUGAUGUGGGUACAAAGUUUGUAGGUUACGCCAUUUCGGAGCAAGGGCUACCCAACCAAGUUAUUUAACCUCUCCGGUAGUACUAUAAUUUUUGUAUGUUUAUGCUAAACACACAAUUAUAAAAAAAUAAUUUUAUGCUAAACACAUUAUUAAUACAUAUUAUAGCACGUUCUACACCACGACGGAGGAUAUGGGCGUCAAAGACGAUGAUGUAGAGCGUGCUAUAAUAUUUAUUUUGAAUAAUAUAUUCGACAUUUUUGGGUGGAUUUUAUUGGAAGUGGAACCUGGGUUUGUUCUUGGGUAGAUUUUAUUGUUGUUCUUAACACCACUCAUCCUAGGUCUUACUUUUGGAUACAUUUUGCUAUAUUUUACUGGACUUGUUUUUGAUGUUGUAGUUCUCCAAUCAUUGCUGGGAGAGACUCUAGAGAUGCUUAUUCU